AUGGUGAACCAUGCACGGUCACCACAGCGUGUCGGGAAACACCGUCCAUGUAGAGGAGCGGGCGGCCGGGAUCCCAGCAGCAAUGCAUAUAUGGUCGAAUGGAUCACGCAGGCCAAGCAGGUCAAGCAGGUCAAGCAGGUCAAGCAGGUCAAGCAGGUCAAGCAGGAGAGGACCAUUGUCAUGCAGCCGGCCUCAUGGAGAGAAUAG